UUUCCUGCUGCCUACCGAAAGAGUAGAACCGGGAGGGAGAGGAAAAGAGAGGGAAAGAAGUGUCCAGUUCACUCUGGUACUUAGAGAGGAAGUUGCCUCCUCUUCCAUAUAGAUUUCUGUAACACGCUGCUGACUGACUCUCCAAUGCCAGAAAAUAGGGACUCGUCAGGAUUGCUUGUCUGUCUUCCUAAACUGUAAGCAAGACGUGCGUUGUUUGGACAGUCUAGUAGAGAGCCUUACAUUCUCCUGACAGGAAUUCACUUUCCUAAGUGGACACCUUGACAGCACUAUUUGGGCGGCCAAAUGAACUGUGCGGCCUGAGGGGCGAAGGGUGCAGGCAUAGAUCCAGACAGAGGGAAAGAGUGGGAGAAAGAGGCUUAAUCAUUCAGCAGCAAUCUCCGCUUCCACCAUGAGCUGGUACUGAAGCGUUAACCCUGAAGCUUAAAUUUUAUGGUGUGAGAAGUAGCUACUGGACUGGACACCAGCAUGGAUGCCAAGAGGAAAGAAAUGGACCUUCUGAGUAACAGCAUAGCUGCCUAUGCCCACAUUAAGGAGAACCCUGAGAGCUUUGGCCUGUACUUUGUGAUUGGGGUGUGUUUCGGCUUGGUCCUCACCCUCUGCCUCUUGGUCAUCCGAAUCUCCUGUAAGCCCCGUGCCAACGUCCCAACCUCCAUGCCUGAGAAAAAACGCUUAAAGGACUUCAGCGAGGAUGAAGACGACGAAGACAGCGAGGAUGAGGACGAGGAAGACGAGGGUGACGUUGAGGCCCCCGCCCCCCUGCCCACCACGGAGAUCCCUGUCGGCAACCACCACAACCACACCGAAUCGGACGGGACGCUGAGUGUGAAUGUGUUCACAUCAGCCGAGGAACUGGAGCGGGCACAGCGAUUGGAGGAGAGGGAGCGAAUCAUACGGGAGAUCUGGAGGAAUGGCCAGCCUGAUAUCCUGGGUUCAGGAACCGGAACUAUGGGUCGAGUUCACUAUUACUAACGCCUACUAUUAUUGGACCAAUUUAUAGAUGUUCUGUAUGGAACAAUGGUGCUAUGGAAUCAGGUCUGCUGUGACCCACGUCCACCAAAGACCCAUUCAGUCUUUCGGGUAAUUCCAGUAUCCUUGAGGUGAGCCUUAUAGAAUCCCCCCGUCAGUUUCAUGACUCACACAGGCAGGUCUCAAGGGACACACUUCUUCGAUUUGGGGGUAUAUUUGAAGAUGUGACACGUUCUGACUGUUGCAGAUAAAAAUAGAGCUAAUAGAGCAUACGCAAUUCCUUUUUCUACUUGGCGGAUGACCGUCCUAAGCGAUAUGUUUCUAUUUGAACAUUCUGUGACGUUACAUCCCUGUGAACAGGUAGGUCCCUGAAGUGUGGCUCGACUCUCACGCCAUUGAUACUGAUGAUACUGAAUUUAUUUCCCCCAUGAACUACCACGGUCACAAUUAAAAUGUGUGCUCAAGAAAUAUGAAUCGGGACAUGUAGAAUACAUGAAAAAAGGAUUGCUCAUAGAAAAGCACAAAAUACAAAAGGACUGAGAAAGCUAUUGAAAAGUAGCCAGAGUUACUGUAGGGACCAGGGACAAUGUAUUUUGCAAUGAGAUUUCACUUAACUUUGUUUGAUAUCACCAUGUUUCCGUCAACACUGGUGAGCUUACACAGCAACAUCUCUGUGAACUGUUUAUGUCAUUAUUUUAGGAAAUGAUCCUCUAUGGACCCUCUGAGAGGAAAUCGCUUUUCCUAAGUAAGCAAAUAGGAAUAGAUGUUGUGGGGCCAUUUUUCACCUGCUGUCAAGUAUUUUCGGAUUUGGACUGCUCAGUUAACAAACAGAGUUAAAGGCUGUUUUUAUCCCAUAAACAAUUAAAGGAAAUUAAAGAAUUUAUGUGUUUAAUUUAAAA